AAACAUGUCCUGACCGAAGACAUCGUGCACCGGGAGGUGACGCCGGACCAGAAGCUGCUCUCMCGGCGGCUCCUGACCAAGACCAACAGGAUGCCGCGCUGGGCCGAGCGCCUCUUCCCCGCCAACGUGGCCCACUCCGUCUACAUCGUGGAGGACUCAAUCGUGGACCCCAAGAACCGCACCAUGACCACGUUCACCUGGAACAUCAAUCACGCGCGGCUCAUGGCGGUGCAGGAGCGCUGCGUUUACCGCGUGAACCCCGAGAACAGCAACUGGACCGAAGUGAAGCGAGAAGCCUGGGUUUCCUCCAGCCUGUUUGGUGUCUCGCGCGCGGUCCAGGAAUUUGGUCUGGCCAGGUUCAAAAGCAAUGUGACCAAGAGCACUAAGGGAUUUGAAUACGUGCUAGCAAGAAUGCAAGGAGAAGCUCCAUCCAAAACACUGGUGGAGACAGCCAAGGAAGCGACCGAGAAAGCCAAGGAGACAGCUCUGGCUGCUACGGAAAAAGCCAAGGACUUGGCCAGCAAGGCAGCGACCAAGAAGAAGCAGUAUGUGUGAGCAGCUUGGCACGGGCAAGAAUCAAGCCUGCACCCCAAAAGAUAGGAGCCUCUUAGAUUUUAUAUUUUUAAACUGUACAAGUCUGACAAUCAGCUGCUGUUAGAUCCUUUCUAAGAUGUAAUUAUCAUUAAAGAAUCUACUUCCACCUCUAA